UGCUACCUCCAACGGUUGCAUAGGCAGUUUGAAUGUGAGGAGGCGGGUGUGGUCGGGGCGAGGGAGCGGUGAGCUUCUUGAGGGAGCGAUGGGGGUCCUCGGGAGCGCCGAGGAUAAAGUGGUGCCGACCCACCCGCUGUCUCCCCGAACGACGAGAAGUUGUGGUUGUUGUUGGGGUGGGGAUUAAAGGCAGAAUAGUUUUAUUCCCGUUUAAUUAACUAUGGAGGGGGAAAUGUUUGGGGGCUAAUCCUUACUUGAGGGACUAGGAGUGGCGGAAGUGGCCUGGGGCUAACGAUGUACAAUGCCCAGGAGGCAAAGAUUUAUUCUCUGCUGCCUCAGCCUUCACAAUGACUACCCCUUGGAAAGACAUUUUGUGUAAUGUCCAACUCAUUCAGCAUGUGGCACCAAUUGCAGUGGAUUCAGCACUACUUGAAGGUGUUCUCAUGAGGACCAAAGAUGACCCCAAUGCAUCUGAUGUGGUGAAUUAUGCUCCCUUUACACUGCUCCCAUCUGCAGUACCAAGCAGUCUACUUGAGCAAGCCUAUUCAGUUCAACAAGACUUUAACCUGCUGGUAGAUGAAGUUAGCCGGAACACAGAAUUUCUGGAACGCACUCUUGCAAGUACUGUCAAAGUAGAUGACUUUACAGCUCAGCUUUUCAAAAUCUACAAGCAAGUUUUGAAAGAAGGAAUAACUCAGUCUGUGUUUUUAGGAAUUAAUCGCUCUGAUUACAUGUUUGACUAUGGUGCAGAAGGCACUCCAGCUCUAAAGCAAAUAGAAAUAAACACUAUUGCUGCCAGCUUUGGAGGCCUCACAUCUAGAACCACUGCGGUGCAUCGGCAUGUGUUGAACGUUCUAGGGAAAUCUAAGGAAGCCUCAAAAUUACUGACCAAUAAUCCAGCCAAAGGGAUUGCCACGGGCAUUGCAAAAGCUUGGGAACUCUACGGCUCAGACAGAGCAGUGGUAAUGUUCCUAGUUGAAGAGGCUCAGAGGAAUAUUUUUGACCAACGCUGUGUAGAAAAUGAACUUUGGAUGAGGAAUAUCCGGGUGAUCCGAAGAAGAUUUAAAGAUGUGUUUGAAAAAGCGUCUUUGGACAAUGACAAGAGAUUGCAUAUAGAUGGGGAGGAAGUUGCAGUGGUGUACUAUAGAGAAGGUUACGUGCCAAAGAAUUAUAACAAACAGAACUGGGAGGCACGGUUGCUGUUGGAAAGAUCUAGAGCAGUUAAGUGCCCUGAUAUUGCCACACAGCUUGCUGGGACCAAAAAAGUUCAGCAGGAGCUGAGCCGACCAGGAACACUGGAAAAAAUACUGCCAAAUAAACCAGAAGCAGUGGCUCGAUUAAGAGCAACAUUCACUGGCCUUUAUUCUAUGGAGAUGGAUGAAGAAGGUGAUAAGAUAAUUGCCAUGGCUAUUGCUGACCCAGACCGCUUUGUGUUAAAGCCACAACGUGAGGGAGGAGGGAACAACCUCUAUGGUGAAGAGCUCAAGCAGGUUCUAGAGAAAAUUAAAGACAGUCCAGAAAGGACCUCCUACAUUCUCAUGGACAAGAUAAAGCCUCUCCCUGCACUGAAUUAUUUACUGAGGGCUCACAGUCCACUGAAAGUAUCAGAAUGUGUGUCUGAAUUGGGAAUUUUUGGCGUCUACGUCAGACUGGGUCAGGAUCUUGUGGUGAACAAGCAUGUUGGCCAUCUCUUGCGAACAAAGGCUGUUGAACAUGCAGAUGGCGGAGUAGCAGCUGGAGUGGCUGUUCUGGAUACUCCCUAUGUGAUAUGAAAACAGAAUACCUCAUCACUGACAUAAUCCUCACUGUGCUUAAAGUAAGAGACAUUCUCUUUUAGGGCAUGAUUGCCAACGGGCGGACUUGACAAUCAGAUUGAUACUGGAAGCCCUCCUCUCACCAGUGACCCCAAGAUACAAAGGAGGCAGAGUUGCACUGCUUCUUCCUGGUCUCAAGAAAAUACUGGAUUCCAGUUGACUUUCUUUGACAAUUUCCUGUUUGAAGCACCCUUAGCAUGCUUCUCACAGACUUCAUGCCCUUUUACUGUACUGUGACCAUGGACAAUCUGUUGAUGUUUUAAUCAGGCAUUUCCCGAGACAGGAAAAAAGGGACACAGUAGGAAAGGAAAAGAAAACCCCCAGACAAGAGUUGAUUUUAUUUCAAUGCUCCUGGACCCCUCCUGUAACAUUUUGAAAAAGCAGAAUGUGUAUGCUAAAGAAAGAGGGUUAAGAAAAUGGAGGUGAGCUCUUGGGAAACAGAUUUCAGAGACAAACAACGGUAAUAAGAAUGUCCUGUGAUAUCAUAAGUUGUAAGGAUCUCAGAUUUUAUUUCAGCUGAAAUAACUGGUUGAUCAAUCUGGUCUCUCCUAUGCUACUUUGGUGAGUAAUAUCCAGUAGUCACAUAAUAUAGUAUGCUCAGAAUCUGAACAUAUUUAUUUUUGAAGAAUACACUUGUGUUCAACAUGCUAUCUGCUGAUUUUUUUGAAAGAAGCAGAACUUAAUCAUGUUAAAGUUUUCAAACAUUUUGAAACUAUGGAAGAUGUCUGCUCACCAAAACAAAACCCUGAGCAUUAACAAUUGGAAUAUACUCACCUACAAAACCAAGCUAUGUGCCAUUUUAAGAUAGGGAAAUUUAAUGAAGUCAGAUAAGUUACUUUGAAACAGCAUAUCAAUAUUGUUUUUAAAAGAUGGGGUUUAUAGAGCUGGGAUGGCUUUGGUUUUCUUUCUAAACAGCAGCAUCUGAGUUUAUACAUGGAUCUUUCUGGAUCAAGGCCUUUGAACCUAUUUUUUUAAACUACAAACUUCUUAUGCCUAGAAAAUAUGUCUUUAGAGGAGAGGCUUAUAAAAUUAACAUGUCUUGAGAGCGCAGUAUUAAGGACCAACAGGAAAAAAAGGUAACAAUUUAGACAUAUUUUCUCAGCAAUUGUCUAAAUGAGUUUUCUAAAUAAAAGCACCUUGCUAUCUAAUGGAAAACCAUCAGUGAUAAAAUUAA